UCGUCGUCGAGUGUGAUAGCACUGAGGGAACCGCGAGGAAACUCGCGCUUGUUUUGUCCGAUCCUCUCGCAGUCUCGGUAUUGCAUCCUCGACGAGCUCUUCUCGCCGGAGACUACGAAAAGAGCCUUCCGAACCGACGGCGGAACUCGCGACGCGCAGAGUUCUCAUGGUCUCGAUUAAAUGGUUUUUUUGAAGUUUUUCAUCGCGACAUUUGACACGUGACAUUCGGGGAAAUUCUAAUGAAAAGGCGAGUUCGAAAAUAAAGUGAGACUCGGUGACGUCGAAUUGUUUUUUUCUUCGAUGAAGCUUUCAUUACUCGAUUUCGUUCGGUGCGGAACGUCUGUUUGAAACAAAGAAAAUUUGACAUUUCGACGAAGCCGGACAACGCACGUGAGCGGAAGAGCUCAACAUGCUGAGGGCUGCGAGGAUUAUCGUCGUUUUCAGCGCGACAGUGGUUUCGGCGCUUUGCCUUACCGCGGAAGAGAUCGAAGCCGAGAGAAGCGGAUGGAGCGCCACACCGAACACACAAUACCACAUUCAAACCGACGAGGGACCCGAAAGAUACUUUCGCUUUCAAACACUCAAUGGACAGUACCGGAAAGAAAAAAGACUCGAGGAUGGCACGGUCAUUGGUACCGAAGGAUGGCUCGACCCACUCGGAUAUCUUAGGAUCAAAGAUUACAUCGCUGAUCGCGAAGGCUUCAGGAUACUCAAAUCGAAAAUGGUGUACGUUGGAAAGGAUCGCCCAAUCGAUGACGCAGUAGCGGUAAGCAAAAACGUACCAGCACAGUCCGGAAUUUUGGCGAAACCCAGGAGACCGCCAAAUCCAUUCAGGCAACCAGGAAUCCAGGACGUGUCGAGCAACAGCUUGGAGUCGAACACGAUAAAGCCGUACAGGCUUUACUCGCCGGUAACGAGAAGAUACCGAAUAGGAACGACGACCUCGAGUCCGCGAACGAAUUACUACUCGAGCACGAUUGAUCCCCGGCCGAUAUUGUUGGAGGACAGUUACGCGAAGCCGGCAACGAAUUAUUUGCAGCCGUCGUACGAUUUCCAGGCCCCGUACGAGGCGCCUUAUCGUAAAUCGUUUGCGUACGUGACGGAGCCCUCGGUGGAAAUCGAAGCGCCGAUUUACGAGUCGAACAGGGAUUUGCGAACGAGCCAAUCGCUCGACGUCCAAAUUUCCCCGGAAUCUUCCUACGGUCUUUAUCGACACGACAGAAGAUCCGCGCCGAAAAAUGACCCAGCGAGAGAACCGAUCGCCGCUAAUUCGACCGGAAGUCGACCCUACCGGGGAGCCACCAAUUACUUCACGGCGAAUCGUCGAGGAAAUCAAGCCUUUUCGAAUCCACGAUUAACCAGAAAUCAACAAAUUCACAGUCAGCAAAAUCCACCGAUCUCACGCGCUAACAAACGCUCCGACCUUCUCCAACCCCCUGUUUUGCCAGCUCAAACUCCCGAAUACGAAUUCCCCGCUUACGAUGGACACCACACAAACGCCGAUGGCUUUCAAUAUUACCUCAAAACUCACUACCACGAGGAAGAGAAAAAACCCGACGACGACAAGAGCAUCGGAUCUUUCGGGUACGUCGAUCCCUUCGGCAUCAGAAGAGUCGUUUAUUACAAAGCCGAUUCCCAAAACGGAUUCGUCCACAAACACAACAAUCGAUACGUCGGACACAAUGGAACUCCGUACGAUCCUUUGCCACUCAAUCCUCAGUGAUUCCGCCCUCUCAGCGUCAGUUCUCUUAGAGAAAUACGUUUCAAUUCAAUCAUUGAGAUAAAACUGCAGCAGUGAUUGAACGAGCUCCAAACAGUUUCUUCAGUGCUGAUUGACGACGCCGUUUUCUAUCGUCAAAACGAAGAAAUUUUGUUUGGAUUUGAACAAAAAAGUGUUUCUCCGUCGAUACUUUUCUCGGGACUUGAAAUAUUCAUGUUUUCGGAUAUUUGCGGAGUAAAACAAAAUGAAAUCUUGUUUUGUCAAUUUGAGGAAUUUAACGAAAAAUUUGUCGGAUUUUUUAAAAAAUGCAACUCGCUGUAGUUUUCUCUCGAUAACAAUCGAAACGUAGUUCAUAAAUUUUCAUCGUUUAACGAUUUCGGAAAAUCGUGUUAAACGAUCAAGCGAAUAUUAGUCAAAUACAAAAUUCCAACGAUCUUACCGCACGAAAAGCGUUUAAAUCUCGAUUGAAGUGCUUCAUUUCUACGUACUUAAUAAUUCACUUAUUUUAAUAUUCGACGUGCCAGUCGAUGUAGCUUUACAUUUAAAAACAAGAGACUUCGAGGCGGAAGUUGCGAGUUGUGCGUCGGUCGACGAGAGCUCGUGUGAGUGCAUGUGUACGGAUGGAUUUUCUGACUAAUUAUUGUGUGCGAUUUUUAUCGAUAGUUACGAAACGCUUUUAUCAUUUAUUCACGUACAUUCAUACAAUUUUUGUUUAAAAGAAAGCGAUAGUGCCAAUUCCUAGCAGAACAGUUAAGGGGGUCCUGCUUUAAAAAGUCAAAAAAUCCAUUGUUUUCGGGAAUAGUUUAUGCGCAAAGUCUGAUUGCCGAAGUUUCUCAGCUUCGUACAAUACAGAGAUCGCAAUUAUUGUCUGCAACAAAAUUUUCAAAAUUUUUUUCCAUUUUCAUAUAUUUUCCUCCCACAUGAACCUAUAAAACCCGAAAAAAUUUCGAAAUUCCAUGUUUGCAGCACGUUCAAGUGAUUUUCUUCUUUAGAAGCGUUUUUUUUUUUCAAACUCGCUAAAAAUAUAGAAUAUCGCAAUUUUUUCGGCUUUUUAUAGGUUCAUGUGGACGGAAAAUAUGUGAAAAUGGAAUAAAAAUUUGGAAUUUUCGUUCCAGACGAUAAUUACGAUCCCCGCAUUGUACGCAGUUGAGAAACUUCGACAAUCAGUUUUUGAGCAUAAACCAUGUACAAAUUAGUAUUUCCCCAUUAAAUAAAUGUUUUUGUGCUCUUCAAAAACAGUCGAUUUUUUUGACCUUCUAAGAGAGGACCCCCCUUAAUUUUGAGGGAAUGAAAAAUUGGAUUUCUCUUCGUCGUUAAUUAACACGAUCACUCGGCAUCCGAUAAAUCCUCGAUGCCGAAAUCAUGAAAUCAUUUACUUUCGUAAAUGUACGCCAGAUCUCCUGCUAGCACUAGAAAGAACAAAACUCAUGCUGUCAAUUAUUUCGUUCAUGCGCAGAGGAAAAAAUCGAUUCUCUGCAAAAAGCCACAAUUUUAUCGUCAAUUAAUAGACGGCCUUGGUACCACCCACCCACGCAUUUCGUGAAUGUAAACAUUGAGAGGUUACGACUUAACGAAAAGUAUAAAUUUUCAAACGCCAGGCAAACAGACGAGAAUUCUAAAACGACUGAGAUUCGCUAUUUUUUCAAAAAAUUACAAUUUACCCGGUCAAAUAGACAAUUCGAGGACGAAUUAUCGUUAAAUUAUUUUGUAUGGAGUCGAUUACACUUUGGAGAGAAAAUUUUGAAGUUAUUUGAUCUUUGUCCUUCCCGAGACUCUUGCGAUGAGCCAUUUUUUCAUUAAUUUACCUACGAAAAUAUUAUUUGUCUCGUUUUUCGAAAAUUAUGAAUUUUAUCGUUACCACGAAAUUGGAGAACUGUCUAAAAAAUGAAAAAUUUUCGUUGUGGAGAUGAAAAUAGUUAUAAUUGAGAAUAUUUAGAAUCGAGAAAAAAAGUAGCUGAUAAUAGUCGUGCGAUUAAUGGAAUUCGAGUGUCUUUUUACGCUCGUUUGGCAAUCGAUAUCUUUUCGAACGAUGUUCAACCGACCCUAUUUCUCCGGGGCGUCCUCAUAAAAAUAUAUGUCUUGAAAUAGAAUGAAAAUGAAGUAAAAAGACGAGGACGUUAUAGUCGGUCAAAUUCCUCUCACGUUUGGACCCGAAGAAAGAGAAAUGUGUGAGGUUUAGAUUUUUUGCUCUGUUUUUACGGAGGCAAACGUCACCGGGAGUCUAGCAAUGGGACGAGGGCCGAGCACGUUUUUUUCCUUCAUUGAUAAAGAUCAUUUUUUAUCGAACGUUUCUCGCUGGAUUCUUCGGUCAUUUACGAAAAUAAAAAAGGAGCGAGAAAAAAGGCCCUUAAUGGACGGAUAAUGGUUGAGAAGUAACGGGUCUCCCGAUGAUCGAUUAACCCAAAAAUAUAUAUCGCUUUUUUCAAGUCCACGUCCUGCAUAACCGAUUCGAGGAAUUUGACCUUGAUUCUUGUUUGUUUUUGCUACGCGCACGAGAACGAAAAUCAACGGUAUUUGGAGGGACAGUGACAAAUAUUUUUUGGGCACAAAAAUGAUUGAGGAUAUUGGUGGUUUCAUAGGCUUUUUGAAACACGAAUGGGGCUCUGAAAAUUUUUAAUCAAUUAACACAGCAGGGUCUGAAAGAAUCAACUAAAAGUGAGAGAUCUCAAUGUUUGCAAAAAUAAUUGUAUUUCCUUCGAGUCGAAAAAUUACUCGAAUUCUACUCGAUCGAGUCGAAGUUGUAAUCGUCCCAAGAUGCCUGGGUCUCGUAGACCCAGUGCGAAAAAAAUAGGCAGCGAAAAGGCUCGAUGCUCUUGGGCUAAUGCAAAUAAAUGAAAAAAAUCAGCACGAACGAAAAUUCAUCGAUUAUUUUUCAAGGGUUCGAGUAGAUAAUUUUUCUUGGAUUUUUCUAUUAAUGAACAUCAUUCACACGUCGUUAAUUCGUUGAUUUAAUAGUCCAAUAAUUUUUUUGCUAAUUCUAAGAUCGAAUGUGAUGAAUGAUGAUGAUAAUCAUAACAGUAAUGAUAGUAAUAAUAAUAAUGUAUUAUAGCUAUUAGUGCGGUGUCCUAAGCCUGCCUUGCCGAUCAAAGUACAUUUUUCUCGUUCCUUAUAACAAUCAAUCAAAUAAUCAAGAAUCGACUCAAUUAAGAAUUUUUCGUUCUAUAAUAGAUAAGAUAAAAUGUUUUUGAGAUCAAUGCACUCUGGCCGCAGGGCAGAAACGUGAAAUGGUGCCUGUAAAUAAAACACUUGAUAUUCUAA